ACACAAUCAAUCCUCCUUCUGUACCGAUACCACUUCUCUUGAGUAUUCCCCGCUCGUAUUAAUCCUUCUUUUGCCGCUACUACUUCUCUUAAUCUUGCAACCUUUCUCCCGACAUUUUCUUCCUCCUUGGAACCCAUUCCCACAGACGAAUCCCCUCUUUCCUCCUCGGUCUGUAUCAAUACAACUUCUAUCGAGCCUACUUAGCUUGUUUCAGUUCCUUUACUUCUGUUACUACCUUUCCUAGUAGUUUGCGACAUAUUUCGCAAGGUCUUUUGCAAAGUCUUUCGCAAGUUCAUAGAGUCUUCGCCCACCUUUGACCAUCCAACCCAGCUUUUACUCGGCCUUCUUGUAUCUUACCUCAAUACACGAGUCACUACAUCCUUCGUCUUGGUCAUUUUUUGAUAGAUAACCCAUAUUCAAGUAAGUUACUCACAUUCCCUGCGUGUAGCGAUGCAACUUGAGAUGAUUCUUACAUUCUGUUGUGCUGCAGGUCUUUCUAAACUACCUUCGCGCCGCGCACCACGCCUCUUUACUUCAAUUAAUUACAUGCACAUCCUUGAGGCCGAAAUUAUGACGGAUGUAAGUACUACUCUAUAUCUCAAGAUUCUAGGCCGGAAUGUUUGUUAAUUGAUGGACUUCAGUGCGUCAUUGACCCAGCGGGUGACUUCAAAUUAAAUGUCACCCAAGGCCUACCCAAUAGUGCGACAAUUACCUUUGUUAUCUCUCGCAAUGUUUUAAAGAGAAAUUCAACAAACAAACUCGCCGACGACCUCCGCAAUUCUCGCAACAAUCUUACUCUCACGAACACCAACAUUAUCGCUCUGGAGACUAUCCUUCGAAUUAUACAUGGAGUGGAUCCUGCGCCAAACACUGUCGGCAACAAUACCUUUGACCGACAGAGCCUCGUUGGUCUUUACCAUGUCCUUGAUCUUGCCCUUAAGUGGUUCGAGACAGCAGCGUUGGAAGCCUGGUUUGACAAGUUUUGGGCAGAUCGUCGUGGAAAUGAGCUGACCUUGUCAAGCUUAAAGAGCUUGCUAUAUCCAUGCUUUGCCUUCAGACAUCCGGGAGCCUUUGGUCAUGUUACUAGAGCCCUUGUUCUUGAGUGUAACGGUGACGACAUCCACGGCUUGAAUCCUAUCACAGGCUUUGCUGAAUUUCGCGUUCCCAAUAGUGUCUUGGGUAAGUUUUGUUGUUUUAUCGCUUUUCCUAAUACCAGCUAAUCUCUUUAACUUUUAGGAGGGCUAGCACGCGUCAAGAACAGAAUUCUUGGUGAUAUUACGAAUCAUCUUCUAAGCCCGUUGGAUUCGCUUUGUCACAAUUCGUGUCGGUCUAAUGGUCUUUGCAUUGAGGCGUACGAAUCUGCACUGACAGAUUGUCUAGUCGGUCCUUACACCAGCAGAAGCCACUCGAUCCAAGAAAUCCUCGAAAGCGAAGGAGUGGAGUCCUGGAUGUGCAACAGUCCUCGACAAGCAUCUCGUAACUGCUCAGAUAUACUUUCGACCGCGGGAAGUCAGAUCACAGCCAUGAAGAUUGACGCCUUGAGUUUCUGGGACGGUAUGUGUAUUGACUGUGUUUUGCGUACAUCUGAAUGUCACGCCGAUCAAGCGAAGUAUUGGAUAGAUGGUCAACAACAACGCUACGGAGAAAGCUGUAUGUUGGCUCACGGCUAUCAGACCUGGAUUUACAGCUACAUGGGACCCCCUGAACUCAUGUCUAGGCACUUGGCUGAGCAAAAUGAGCGUGAGGAAGCUGCUGUUCAUGUUUCUGCUGAUGUGUUGGCCCCUGAAGCUAGGGAGACAGCAACCGACGUCGAAGCUGAGGAUGAUUAUGAUCCAGAGUGGGAUUUGUACGAUUAGAAACAUCAUAAUGGUAGUUCGGGCUUGAUUUUCAGUCUCUUUAGUUCUUUUGUCUUAUGGAUUCGGUUAUUAGGGUGGGAAAUGAUAUCAUGGUAGUCUGCAAGAUACUGUUCUGGCAGC